CCGUGCGCAGAGCACGCUCACACGACCGCGCGUGCACGCCGCACACCGCCUCCUCCGGCGCCCGCGCAGACCGCGCACACACACUGCCCAAUUACAAUACGGAUCGCAGCGCCCACAGCCCGAUUCCUAAUCAGCUGACUACACUGAAAAUGGAAAGGAUGACUUCAGACUCUUUUCUAGUUGACCUAACUUAAUUUAUUAUAAAGUCAUGUAAGGACUUCUUCGUGAAGCAACCUUGUUGUAAAUAAAUAAUUAUAAUGCAAAGGAUGUUGUGACAAUAUUUUCAAAGACGUAUAAGUACACGUGCUACAGUGUUCCGAAUUCAGUGCUAAACGUUUUCUAGGUCUGCUUAAUUUUGUUUAGUGGUUACAAGGGCGUGAAUUUGACUUGUUAGAAGUGUGAACUGAAAAGGUGUGAACUGCUGAAUUUGCUCAAACAGUGUGCUUGUACACAACGAGUGGCGACUAAAUCCUCGCUAUAUCUAUUUCUGAAAUAAAAGGAUUGUUUCAGCUGUGAAGUUUUCAGGGAAGGGGUCGCUGGUGAACAGCCGGAGAGCUCCCCGGGACGUGCUAAUGAUGCGAACAGGCGGGGCGCGGGACGCUUGCCACGCUGCGUCACUCUACCUCCAGCCUCUGAGCACCCGCCAACAUGUUCACCAGGUUCGACCAAGGCAAAUCGACGAAAGGCGCGAGCAAGCUCCGACGCGACCUGAUCAACGCAGAGAUCGCCAACCUGCGGGACCUGCUGCCGCUGCCCCCCUCCACCCGCCAGCGGCUCUCGCAGCUCCAACUCAUGGCCCUCGUCUGCGUCUACGUCAGGAAAUCAAACUAUUUCCAACAAGUUUUCAAACGCUUUGACAUCAACCAACAAUCGUCAUCCGCACCGAAUUUUGGUUUUUCAAAGGCCCUGAACGGAUUCUUAAUGAUGAUGACCCAAAAUGGCAAGCUGCUUUACAUAUCGGACAAUGCCGCAGAGUACCUUGGACACUCCAUGGAGGACCUGUUGAUCCACGGUGACAGUGUAUACGACGUGAUAGACAAGCAAGACCAGCAGGCCGUCAGGACAGAGCUGUCGCGCGCCCCGACAGACGGCGAGGACCGCGUGUUCCUCUGCCGUAUGAACGUCGCCAGAAACGCUCGAAGGCAGAUGCGCUUCGGAGACCAAAAGGUGGUGCUGGUGCGAGGCCACUACGUGUCGUACCUGCCCCUGUGCAGCCGCAACGAGCCGGUGUUCCUGUGCGUGUGCACGCCGCUGGCCAUGCCGGAGACGCGCGAGUGCGUCGUGCACGGCGCCACCAACGUCUUCACCACCGUGCACGCCAUGGACAUGAAGAUACUCCACAUCGACGCCAAUAGCGAGUGGCACCUGGGCUGGGAGCGCACGUCACUGCACGGCGUGAGUUGGUACCACCUGCUGCACCCUGACUGCUGUAAGGAGGCGCAGACCAAGCACCGACUCAUAACGCAAUCGGAACAAGAGCGGUCGUGUAUAGCCCUGCUGAGGCUGCAGCGGAGGUCAGGCCAGUUCUUAUGGGUGCAUGCCGUGCUGCAACUGAAAGACAAUCUGGAGAACUCCCAGCGACCGGUCAUCGUAUGCACAAACCAGGUGCUUAGUGAACAGGAGGCUGCAGUAAUGAAGGCAAACCCGUGGCUUUACCACUACUACGCGGUACAGUCGAAGCUUCACUACGGGCUCGCGUACGAGGCAGCGACGAGGAUGUACGGGCCUCCGCCGCCCGACAUCCAGGUGUACCCUCCGGCCAUGCAGUACGCGCCCGCGCCGCCCGUCUGCGUCAAUGGGAACCAGGUCGCCAUGAUGCCCAACCCCGGAAUACAAGCCCACAUACCUCAUGUACCACCUCAUCUCACGCCGAUGCACUACGCAUACGAAAGAACUGACAACGGGCCAGUUGACUACUCUGUAUCGCUACACGAGAACAGAUAUCACAAUAUACGGAUAGAAGAUACGAGGAUACAGCCUAAUGCUAAACGGAAAGGCAAAAAUUCUGACGAGAAACCAAAUACACCGGUAGCGAAUUUGUCUCCCCGUGGCACACCUUCUACUGUCACUUCUGGAGGAGACACACUAGUAGCUGUAGCAGGGUCUAUUGCUAGUAGACGGCCGGGCUCGAAAAACUUUAAUAUAUCAGAAACCGAGAUGGUCGAUCAAUGGAAUCCUAGUCCAACGUGGUCAGAAUCGGCUCUUCAAAAGGUUCCUGACGUUUGUCACCAGGACUUAAGCCCAUACGUGACGACUACACCACCUACGCCAUCGGGGACGCCUUCCGCGUAUACUCAUAACUAUAGUCAUACUUUUGUGUUCGACUGGUCACCAGAGCAAUAUGUUCCUCACACUAACAAUAGAUGUAACACAGUAACAACAGAAAGUUCCUACCAACAAACGUGGAAUAGGAGCCAAAGGACAUCUUUCGCGAAUAGUGCUGAGAGUUCGGUCCCGGCAGCGGAGCUCUCCACGAAUUGUAAUCCUAAUAGACUAAGCUUACAAAUGAGGGUCAGUAAUCCACCGCCAGCGUACAACGCUACUAGAGAAGGAGAAAUACUUAGAAGGCAAAUCGAUCGUCCACAUCCAGAUUCACCGGAUGCCAAAAAGCCUGCAUUAUAACUAAGUUUUAAGUAAUAAUUAUAUAUAUUUUCUAUGUAUAAAAUUACUUGUUACCUUAUAAUAUAUGAAAAUAUGAAAAGCUCUGGAACUCUCCUGUGAUCUUUGUGUCGUUAAGAACUUUGUUAAAAACUAAGAAUUUUGUAGAUUACUGUAAAUUAGGAACUUGUACAAAAAUACAAUAUUAUAGUAAAACAUACUUUACCUAUCUUUCACAUACAAUGUGAUUUACUUGCGUAUACGAAAUGUGUAUUAUUUAUGUACAUAUUUUCUUAAAUAUAUCGUAAUUUUUAAAUAUAAAUUAAAGAAAAAAUAACAAAUAGAGCAAAGCCACACCUAGCCUCUUCAUUCGAAGUUAAAUCAAAAUAUGUUAUUAUAGCUGGUUUGGGUAUAAAUCUGAAACUUACUUUCAUAACUGAAACAAUCCCAGAACAAUAAGAAUUUUUAAUGAUGAGAAAUUAGAUUAGGUCAUUACUCAUAGGUAAAGUGAAUAUUCUGUACAAAAAACCUAUUUUAAAUAAUUGUAAAACAAAACUGUUCAGGUAGAAGAAUUACUAUUAGUCUUAAUUUAUGGUAAUUUUGUUGAUUGAAACUUGAAAAGUAAAGAUAUUACAAAUUGAAA